AUGGAAAUAACUAAAGCUCGGAGAAAUCUGCUCGCAUCAGAGGUCUUUAAGGUUGGAGAACUGCAUGAGUCUGCUGCUGAUGGAAAAGGAGCGAAAGAGGAUUAUCUAAGUUUGAAAAUGGAAAAUGGUGGAAAUAAUGGGAUUUUCAUAAGGGCAAUGAAGAAACUUGAAAACAUAUUAGUGAAGUUAAAAGAGAAGUGUUUAGGGAUAGUUAUAAAUAUAAAGAAGAUAGCAAAAGAUGAUCCAAGGAGGAUGAUUCAUUCUCUAAAAAUGGCAUUAGCUCUAACUUUAGUAAGCAUGUUUUACUAUGUUCGACCUCUAUAUGAUGGCUUUGGUGUUUCAGGGAUGUGGGCAGUCUUAACUGUCGUCGUCGUUUUCGAGUUCAGUGUAGGUGCAACUAUAAGCAAAGGUCUGAAUAGAGGCUUUGCAACCUUAACAGCUGGUGCACUAGGUGUUGGGGCUCAACACUUAGCUCUUCUCUUUGGGAACAAAGGAGAACCAAUUGUCCUUGGCUUGUUGGUGUUCUUAUUAGCUGCAAUGUCGACAUUCACACGAUUUGUGCCGAGCAUCAAGAAAAGAUAUGAUUAUGGCGUACUCAUUUUCAUAUUAACGUUCAGUUUAGUAGCUGUCUCAGGAUAUAGAGUUGAAGUGAUCAUAGAAUUGGCUUAUCAAAGAUUGUCGACCAUUUUAGUUGGAGGUGCAACAUGUUUGAUAGUAUCUAUAUUUAUUUGCCCUGUUUGGGCUGGUGAAGAUCUUCACAAUCUCAUUGCUGGCAACAUUGAAAAACUUGCUAAAUUCUUGGAAGGGUUUGAAGAGGAUUAUUUUACUAUUCCUGACAAUGACAUGAUCAUCACAAACUCCAAGAUAGAUGGCAAAUCCUACCUCCACAGUCAUAAGAGUGUCCUUGCUUCCAAAAAUAAUGAAGAAAAUUUGGCAAAUUUUGCGCGAUUGGAGCCAUGCCAUGGCCAAUUUAGGUUGUGCCAUCCUUGGAAACAGUACGUCAAAAUAGGAGCUCUUACUCGGCAAUGUGCUUACCACAUAGAAACUCUUUGUGGAUUUAUCAACAAUGAAGUCAAGGCACCAUUGGGAUUUCGUAGACAAAUUAAAGAUUCAUGCUCUAAGAUGAGCAUUGAAACAAGCAAAGCAUUAAGGGAAAUGGCUUCAUCCAUUGAAAAAAAGGCUAACCCUAAGCAAGUAGACAUUCAUGUAGAAAACUCAAAGCAAGCUGCAAAAGAACUUGAAGAUAUUCUCAAAACUAUGUUAUAUGGACCAGAAAAUAUCAUAGCACUUGUCCCUGAUGCUACUGUCGCAUCAAUACUCGUUAAUAUUACCAAUUGUGUGGAGAAAAUAGCAGAAGCUGUCCAUGAACUUGCUAAGCUAGCUCAUUUCAAGGAAGAAGUGGAGGCUACUGUCUCACCGGAGACCUCGAAACCGACGGCGAAACUUCACCGAGGCAUUGUGAAUCCAAUGUACGAUGAUGGUGAUCGUAAUGAGGCCAAAUGUGUAGAUGUGAUCAUAUGUGAUCAGAAGCCUCAAAAGCUUGGGAGUUGUAAAGAAGGAGAUAUAGGGGUUGCUAACAAGUGCUCAAAUGUAAAUAAUACUGUUAGUGUUAAUAGCCCUUCACUUAUAAUAACAUGCACGUGA